UUGUGUGCCCCAGACCCGGUAUGUGGCUCGACUGAGGCUUCCGGUUUUUGAUGAUAGACUUAGGUGAGUGGUCUGGGUAUUUGGCCCAGCUAGCACUCCUUCAUCAUAUGGAUAUGAGUAGUGUCAUAUGUUGCCAAGAUGACGGAUUCAGGCAUAUUAUUGUAAUACUUUGUAAGGUCCUCAAGAAUAAUCAAUAAAGUGGCCGCAUGCAUCUUUCAGAUGCAGAGGCCGGGGGUCAUCCCCUUUUCUAAAAAAACAGAUAACUUUAAUUGGAUUUAGGUUUUUUAACUCUAGUGUUCUCUUUUGGUCAUUGCCUUUCACCUAGCUACUCAUUCUCCAAUACACGUUCAAUUACACAUCAAGCUAGGCAUUACUUGAGGUUCACACAGAUUAGGCAUUUCUCUUUUGCACCAAAACACGCAAUAAUUAGACACUAUUUUAAUUGGUAAAUACAACUGUAUUUCUUUUAUAUAUGUACAGACACUUCACAACUCAUGUCUCUCAGCUAGGCCAUUUCCUCCAAUUAAGAAUCCAACACCUAAUCCAAAUCCACAGAGUUCACUCACGUCCGCCUCCUGAAGAAGAGUAGACUAGAGCAAUAUCCCCUCACCUCAUGGCGAUGCGGCCCAAGUCCGAGAUGUCCCCGCCGCCCUCCGACCAGCGGGACGCUGUCAUCGAGGAGCUGAGAAAGGGCGCCCAGCUGGCUGACUGCCUCCGGCAACAGCUGGAGCUCAUCCCGGAGCUCGGUCGCCGCAGCGCCGCGCUGGCCAACGUGAGCAACAUCUCCACGGCCCUAGUGUCGUCCGCCUCUAUGCUGGAGUCCAACAGAGAGCAGUACAGCUGCUCUUCCUCCGACCCCGGGGCGGCGGCCUAUGCUGCCGGCGCCUCUGGUAGUGGCGGUGGCACUGGGGCACGAAAUGGAGCCAUUGCCCGCACCAGGAAGGCAAAGCACCGGCGAGGCACCCAUGGCGAGGAGCUUCCAAUCAGGGAGGUACUAACUGAAACACCAGAAAAUGAUGGGUUCCACUGGAGAAAAUAUGGCGAGAAGAAGAUCCUGAAUGCUGUUUUCCCAAGGUCAUACUACAGAUGCGGAUACAGCGACGAGCACAGGUGCCCGGCAAAGAAACUUGUGCAGCAGCAAAACAAUAGCGACCCUCCUGUGUUCAUGGUCACCAUGAUCAACGACCACACAUGCAGUAGUUUGUUCCCCGCUGAUGAUCAACCACACAGCAGCUCAAACAGUGCUACUGCUAACUCACAAGUGCUCGACUUCACCAAAGCAUCGCCCUCUUCAGCUGCUGGUGUAUGGAGGUUGAAGAAAGAGGAAGAUGCAGGAAUGUCAGUGACCGUGCCUAGCUACACGCAUGAUGAGCUGGCUUCUUAUUCCUCCUUGCCGUUGCUCUCACCGAAGGAGUGGGAGAUGGAGAUGGAGAUGAAGUCACUUUUUAGUCAUCACUCGGGAGGUGGUACUUAGCUAGCUAGUUAUUCUGUGAAACUUAUUGCUUUUCGCUAGCUAGAUCACUUUGUUGCGUCCAAAUAACUACCUGAACCUGAAUAAUUGCAUGGAUGCGCGUGAGGGUUUAUGUACGCUCGACUGUUAUAGUGUUAGUAGUAUGACAGCACAAGUACAAGAGAUGUUUUCUGAGAUGUAUAACAGACUUGCGCUUGAUAACCUUUGGAGUGCAACAGGCCUCCGGCCAUAUGGUUAGUUGCCUAGUUGCC